AUGGCAUUGACCGAGAUUUCGCGCAACAAAACCUUUGGCGGCUACCUUAUCAAGUACCAGCACACGUCUGACCAGCUGCAAUGCGACAUGAAGUUCAAUGUGUUCUUACCAAAGGUUGCUGUUGAGGAAGGCAAGGACGUCCCCGGCAUUUACUUUUUGUCUGGUUUGACUUGUACCGAGGAUAACUUUAUGCAAAAGAGUGGUGCCAUUGCUGAAGCUGCCAAGCAUGAAGUUGCUCUCAUUGCACCUGACACGUCGCCUCGUGGUGUCGAGAUUGAAGGCGAUCGUGACUCUUGGGACUUUGGUGUUGGUGCCGGCUUUUACGUGGAUGCUACCGAGGCCAAAUGGGCAAAGCACUAUCGCAUGUAUUCCUAUAUCGUUCAUGAAUUGCCUGAGCUUGUUCAUAACCAAUUGGCUGUGGAUGGUUCACGUGUAUCUAUCAUGGGUCAUUCCAUGGGUGGUCAUGGUGCCUUGACAAUCUUCAUUAAGAACCCUACCAAGUAUAAGACCGUAUCAGCAUUCUCUCCUGUUGCCAAUCCCAUCAAUUGCCCUUGGGGUCAAAAGGCCUUUUCCAACUAUCUCGGUGCUGAUCAAGAAUCAUGGAAGCAAUAUGAUACUGUCGAGCUUAUCAAGUCCCAUAUGAACGAGAAAAUGGAUGUUUUGGUUGAUGUGGGCACUGCUGAUGGGUUCUUGGAGAAUCAGCUCAAGGUCAAGACAUUGCAAGAUGUGGUUCAUGAGUUGGGCCGUGACACUGAAUGGAAUAUUCGUCUUCAAGAUGGCUAUGAUCACAGCUACUACUUCAUCUCUAGCUUUAUUGCCGAUCACAUUAAUCAUCAUGUAAAGGCUUUGAAGGCGUGA